GUCUCCGAGCGGUACCGGCACCAGGAGACAGGCACGCUGCCGCCCCACAUCUUCGCCGUGGCCAGCCGGGCCUACCACGCCAUGCUGGGCCACCGGGGCGGCGGGCCCCGGAGCCCGUGCAUCGUCAUCAGACAGGAGAGCAGGCAGAUCGCGAACGGAGGUGCGUGGCAAACAAAGCUGACUUUUGUGGAGCAGCUCGUCUGCCGAUGCUGUGGAGAGAGUGGUGCAGGGAAAACAGAGAGUACGAAGCUAUUGUUGCAGCACAUAAUGAACCUAUGCAAAGGCAACUCGCAGCUGGAGCAGCAGAUCCUUCAGGUAAAUCCGUUGCUUGAAGCUUUUGGCAAUGCCCAGACUGUGAUGAAUGACAACAGCAGCCGCUUUGGAAAAUACAUACAGCUGCAUUUCCAGAAGAAUAUAGUGCGAGGUGCAAAGCUGAGUGAGUACCUAUUAGAGAAGUCACGGGUAGUGCAACAAGAUACCGGGGAGAGGAAUUUCCAUAUCUUCUACUACAUGUUUGCUGGACUGUCUUUGGAGGAAAAGCAGAUGUAUGGACUAUUGGAUCCUUCACUCUACAGGUACAUAAGUGGACGAUUUGGUACACAGGAUGUAGCUCAGCGCUGGAAGCACAAGUACCAAGAGGUGUGCAAUGCCCUUGACAUGGUGGGCUUCCAAGAACAGGAGCAAGUGGACAUGCAGGCUAUCUUGGCUGGUGUGUUGUCUCUGGGCAAUGUGACCUUUGAGCCUGAGGAGAGCCGUGGGUCUGUAAAAGUGAGUGAAACCUCCCGGGGAUGGCUGAAGGCUGCAGCGGGCCAGUUUGGAGUCCAAGAAGAUGAACUGUUAAAAUGCCUUAUUUGUACAACGUCGGUGACCCGAGGUGAGCAGAUUCAGCGUUUUCACACCCAGCAGCAGGCAGAAGAUGCUCGGGAUUCCAUUGCAAAGGUGGCAUAUGGCCGAGUAUUUGGCUGGAUUGUUUGCAAGAUCAAUGAGCUGCUGGCUGAGAACGUGGAUCCUGAGGUGGAACUGAGGGAGAUAGGUAUCUUGGAUAUUUUUGGGUUUGAAAACUUUGCAGUGAAUCGUUUCGAACAGCUUUGCAUAAACUUGGCCAAUGAGCAGCUGCAGCACUUCUUCAACCGUCUGGAGCAGGCUGCCUAUAAGGAAGAAGAGCUGCCUUGGGAGACUAUCACAUUCAACAAUAAUGAACCUAUUCUGAAUCUGCUCCUGGCCAAGCCACUUGGGCUUCUGUCUCUUCUGGAUGAGCAGAGUGCAUUUCCUCAGGCAACUGAUAAGACAUUUGUGGAUAAACUAAACAGCAGCUUCAAGGGAAAUUUACACUUCCAGCCAGGCCGAGGCCGUGUUUUGGGCUUCAGCAUCAUUCACUAUGCUGGGAAAGUACAAUAUACUGCUGGGGGCUUUCUAGAGAAGAACAGAGACACCUUGCCAGCCAACGUCCGUGGGCUCUUCAUCAACAGCGUCACCCCCUUGCUCAGUGUGCUGUUCACAGCCACUAUCUCCAGGACAGGGACACUGAUGCCUCAUGUGAAAGCCAAGGUCAUACCAGGAGCAGACGACAAGUUCAACAGCACACGAAAACAGUCUGCCGGCGCUCAGUUCCGGCAUUCCCUGACGGUGCUCAUGGAGAAGAUGUAUUCUGCCAACCCGCACUUUGUGCGCUGUAUAAAGCCCAACAGCCAGAAGGAGCCAGGUGUGGUGGACAGCCAGGUGGUGCUGCUGCAGCUCCGGUACAACGGACUGCUGGAGACAAUCCGUAUCCGAAGAGAUGGUUUCUCCUGGAGACCCUCAUUUGAGGAAUUCGCUGAAAGGAAGUCACGACUUUUCUUUAAAUAUUGGCACCAGGAACAGCUGGCAAAGUACGUGGAGCAACUGGAAAGAGCAGCAGUUGUCAUACAGAAAGUUUUCAGGGGAUUCAGAUACAGGAAGAGUUACCUAAAACUGGUGGCUGAGCUGAGAGCUCAGGCACAGCGGCUACAGGAGGAGACAGAGAGAGAAAGAAACCGGCAGCUGGCAGUAGAAGCAGAGGCCCAGAGUGAGUUGCUCCCACUCCCACUGUCCGUGUGCGUGGCCACUUGUGCGUCCACUCCCUUUGAUAACUUCUUGGACCCUUCUGCGCCUCGACCUGUUCUGGGGACAGAGGAACAGACUGGAGAAGAGGCAAAAAUGAGGAAACUCAAGAGAGGAGCAACUCUCCGCUGGUUCAAAGAGACGCAGGCCCAGAAGGUCAUGCAGGAUGAUGGGGCCUUUCCAAGCUGGCUGCAUGGGAUGAUCAGCCGGAG